GCAAAUAGUCGAUGCAUUGAAAAACAAUAUCACGAUCGCGGUAAAAAAGAAUAUCGUUGUUUCCUAUUUUUUAUCGUAUAAAUUCGACAAUUACGUACGUUCAAGUGUAAGAAAUUAGUGGUAUGCUGUCUCUAGACAGUAAUGAAACUCACCAAGAUGAGGAAACCACUAGCGAAAAUGGAUCCGACGAUUAUCAAAGAAUACCUAUCACCAUGGAUGAGCCAAAAGAAUGGACUUACACAAUGAGAAGACACAUGCAGGAGGUGGUACCUGGAUUAUACCUCGGUCCAUACAGUGCAGCUAGUCGGUCAAAACUACAAUCUUUAUUAGAACAUGGCAUAACUCAUAUAGUGUGUGUUAGACAGAAUAUAGAAGCAAAUUUUAUAAAACCUAACUUUCCAGACAAAUUCAAGUAUCUUGUUUUGAAUAUUGCUGAUACAACAACAGAGAACAUUAUUCAACACUUUCAAAAAGUUAAAGCAUUCAUCGACGAUGGUUUAAAUUCUGGUGGUCAAGUCUUAGUACAUGGCAAUGCUGGUAUAUCAAGAUCUGCUGCAUUAGUGUUAGCAUAUGUUAUGGAGACCUAUGGAUUAUCACAAAUACGCGCGUAUGCAAUGGUACAACAAAGAAGAUUUUGUAUAAAUCCUAAUGAAGGUUUCAUGGCACAAUUGAAAGAAUACGAACCGAUAUAUCAAGCACAAAAAACGUUAAAAAAUGGGCAACAAAGUUCAAUGAAACAACGAACUAAAAGAACGAUUCAUCAAAUGGAUACCGAACGGGUAGAAGAUAGAUGCAACGAGAUGGACAGUUGAUGUUAUAUGUGAAAAUAUUAAAAGUAUCAAAAAGACUUAUUCUAGAUUAAGUUAAAAUAGCGAUAGACUUGACGGGAAGUAGCAUGCUAUACGUCAUGUUUUGAAAAAUACCUAAACAUAGGUAUAUUGUGAAAUCAAAUUUAAUUGCUAAUAUGAUAUAUAAGAAUUGAAAAUUAAUUGCAAUAUGUUCUUAUAUGUAUUAGCUAAAGAAAUUCAUUAUCUAGGUAAACAAGAUAUUAUAGCUUUGAAAGCUCUGUCUAAAUUUUAGACCACAGUAUAC